UCACCAGGAAAUCCUAGGGUUAAUUUUCUGGUUGACAGUAUACAAAAACUUGAUAGUGUCACUGUUGGAAAAGCAAUUUAUGAUAGCCACUUCGGUGUGCCCAGUUCAGCAUUGACAGUAGCACUGAAUGAAUAUCUC